UCACUCACUUUUCCUCAUCAUCUGUCAAACGGGUGGAAAAUGUUUUCGAGUUUUUCCGCAAAGAAAAUCGCAGAACAAUUUGUAUCAAAUUUGCAGUGUUUUAAAUAAGUAUUAAAGCUUAUAUUAAAUGUGAAGAAUAAUUGCUGGGCUUGGGAGUGAAAUUUUCCGCUAUAAAAUAUACAAACAAUGGAUGGUAAAUCGAUUUUCCUGCUACUGGCGAUUUCCACAAUGCAAAGUAAUGGGGCCAUCUAUCUCACGGAUGAUGUAUACGUCUCUGAGCUGUUUUCGCUACGGGUGGAACCGCGAAUGUUCAACUGGACUUUUCAAGGAUUGACGGAACAGUUCCAGUAUCGACCAUCGUUGGAAGGCUACCCAGAUUUACCGGCUUGGGUGCAGUAUAUGUAUAGCCACGAAUAUCAUUCGGGUUUUUUGUACGGUACACCACCAGAGCGAACUGCGGACAGCGAGGUACCGAUAGAAAUUAUUGCUCUCAACAAACAGACUUACGAGACCAAAAGGAUCGUUUUGAUUUUGACUGUACACCGCAAACCACCCCCGCGUAAUGUGAUUCAAAUGAAGAUCGAUAAUCUCAACUGGGUUCAUAUGAUGGACCCAGGACGGAUUGAGAAUCUGAAGAACAUAUUCCGCAACGAUUUGUGGCAGGAGAGUCGAGCUGAUUUGCAUAUCAUAUUCAUGGAUUCGGCUAUUAAGCUGGGAGCUAGGCUUCCGUUGAAACCUCAACAGCGGGAGGGAGUGGUUGUUCAUUUGGGAAGUAAGGCUGAUUUUUCUGCUCGGCUACUGGAACUGCAGGAAGAGGUGAAACCACUGUACAAGAUCACUUCGUGCAACUAUAAGCGCACAUCGGUGCAGACCACUUUCGAGAAUUCCGGGUUCAAACUGGACUGGUGUGCUUUUAAGCUGCGCGCAGCCGACGACGAUAUAACUGCAAUGCCCCAUCACCCGCACGAGAGCUUCAAACCGGUCAAGGGCUCAGAGCUUAAAACCCUGUAUCGCUCCGACAAAUGGGAUGCACCUAUGAAAUCGGAAGUUCCCGAGCGGAACUACAGUGAUGAGUUUGCGGUUUCAUUCGCCAUUCCGGGAAUGAUUUUCGUUCUAUUGCUGUCCAUUCUGACGGUGAUACUUUGCUUCCAGCACGAGAAACUGCGGGAUGACGAUUCUGAAUAUUAUUUCGAUUUUCUGUUUAACAUUUGUACAGAUUUCUUCAGGUUGAAAAAAUCUUACAGGCAGGAGUACCGCCCGGUUCAGGCAGUUCAGAUGGUGCAGUAUUCGCAGUCGCAAAGUGGCUUGGAGGAUAACCGAACGGGCACACUGAAGAGUCUUAAGGAUGCUUCGCACGAAGAAGGAUUAAGUCUACGUUCUGCAAGUCCGGAUAGCUAUUACCCAGAUGGAAGUCCAGGAAUUGGGAAUUUUUAUCUCCGGCCUAAACCACCACUCUACAAGCCUUCUUCAGGUUCGACUAAUUCUACCAUGCAACGGAAGACCGGUCCUGGGGUAGAUAUUUGACUUGCGAAACCAAGGGUUCUGUUUUGCUAAACUCUCUAUCAUAAUCACACAACUGCAUUUAGGGUUAAACCCUACUUGAGGCAAUAUAAGAGUAGCAAUUGAGUAGCAGUCAUUAGAAGAAAUAAUUUUUUGGAUCUGAUAAAUCAAUUGGAUUUUGCUAAGGAAGUCCAAACAUUAGACUUAAUUAAAAAAAAAGCACCAAUAUUUAGUGCAAAAUAUUAAAUAUUGUUGAAAAGCUGAUUGAAAAUAUGAGCCAAUUGAGAAUUAAACAUGAACAAUAUACCAUCGAUCAACAUCAAUCCACCAGGUUCAUCAUAUAAACUUAGUCCACAACAAUUUACACAAGGUGCAAAUGGCACAUAUCGUAAAAUAAAAUGAAAUAUUAUAUUAUCUAUACAAAUCUCUUGUUUUAUAUAAUCCCGCACUAAUUUUAUUUCUUUUUUGUCCAUUUUAUAAAACAUUUCUCGGAUUAAUUUGGAAAUGUUUUAUUCAAUCGAAUCGAAAGCUUAAAAUAUAAACAAUAUUUUAAUAUUAAUUAGUGAAGGGAAAAAUUACAGCCAACAUUUAUGAUAUAACAAUAGAAUAGAAGACUGUACACGAUUUUGAAAUUUUAUGAAAGAGUACUUGUAGGCCGAUAGUCUGAUGACUAACCGUCACUCAGUGACUCGCGAACUGAACCAUCUUAUUUAAUAUAUUUCAAAAUCGUGGCCAGUCUACGCAUUAAGCAUUUUUAUAACAAAGAGAUUUUUUGUUUCAAAAACACAUCAAUUCAGUAAAUCGAAAUGCGCAACUUUGUUGCUUUUAGAAGACUCAAUAAACCUGGUAUAUCUCAGUAA